AUGCACCUGCAGCGGCCAGGCUCCCGGUGUCCAAUCAGGCGAGCAGCACGGGUACACCGAGGCUUCCACUCAGGGGCGAGACAGCGAUUGAGGAGACACAGGCACCUUCAACUUUGCGGACGUAAAGCAAAUACCAUCCCCCAAGAAGCCUAG